CCCUUUGCGCGCGUCGCAUCUAUUUCUUUCGUGGUAUAUUCGGGGGGGUGCUAUAUAAAAUUAUAGCCUUAAGAGAAGAGGAAGAAGAAGAAGAAGAAGAAGAAGAAGAAGAAGAAGAAGAAAAUAAAGUAGAAAAUUAAGAGGAUCAAGUGUUUCUCAAGAGAAAGUGGAAUUAUUAUAAAGAGUCACUUAUAACGUACGUUUAUUAAUUAAUUCGUUUUAGAAUCAAAUCCUAUUUGUGUUAGUCAAUAAUUAAUACGUACUUUUGAUAAGAAGAGAAGGAAAGAAAAGAAACGGAACAUAGGCAAAGAAAGAAAGAAAGAAAAAAAAAAAAAAAAUAAAAAAAAAAAAGAAAAUAAAAGAGAAGAGAUGUGGAAGAUCAUUCAUAUUUAACUGUGAUAUCUUGGACCGUUGGUGAUUUUCGAAGGACAUAAAUAUUAUAACGUUAACAAUUUUAAUUAUUACGUGAUCAAGUGAGUGUAUAAUUUCUGACGAAAGAUACAACAUUAAAAACGAACGAACGAACGAAGAAUUAUUAAUUAAGUGAUACAUUGUUACAGUUUUGCCGUCCGUAUGUUUCUAAUAAUGUCCAUUUGCUAAGCUAAAAGAUUAUCGUCCAAUCGUUUACAUUUAUAACAGUCUAUCUAUCUAUCUCUAUCUUAUUCUAUCUAUUUAUCUAUCUCUUUCUUUCUCUUUCUCUCUCUCUCUCUCUCUCUCUCUCUCUCUCUUUCUUUAUCUCUAUCUGUCUAUCUAUUUAUCUGUCUGUCUGUCUAUCUGUCUAUCUAUCUAUCUAUCUAUCUAUCUAUCUAUCUAUCUAUCUAUCUAUCUAUCUCUAUCUGUGUCUCGAGAGGUUCGACCAAUGCAAGACUCGUACUACUGCCUUCUCUUGGUCAAUCACGUUACGUAUUUUCUUCAUCCGAUUUAACGGCACACCGUAGUUUCUAUUAUCCAGUCAACGUCACCCACGCUUUUCUCCGAGGGAAAAAGGGAUCGAUAUUAACGAGGAAAGUUUGAAGGUGCCCAUUACUGGUUGUUGUCGUCGUCGUCUUCGUCAUCGUCAUCGUUGUCGUCGUCGUCGUCGUUGUCGUCGUUGUCGUCGGAUAUCGUUACAUUUUGGAUCUCGAGAUAUCGUCGACUAGCAUAAUGGUCGUCUGUUUAUGACAAAUCUGGCGUUGCUUUUAAGUCCGGGAAUUUGUCCGGAUACGCGGACGUCAUUGUCCCGGUUCAUAUCGAAGUUUAUUGGAAGUGAUAAAGGAAGAAAAGAAAGAAAGAAGAAAGGGUGGACUUGUAGAGAAGAGAGAGAGAGAGAGAGAGAGAAAGAAAAAAGAGAGGAGGGAGAGAGAGAGAGAAAGAGCUCGACGUACGAUAUUAUUAUAUUCCGUUUGGAUUCUUUGAAAUCUCUUAUCCAAAGUGGCUAAGAGCGUAAGUCCCCGUCGAGUGCACCAAGAGUGCUCCGGGGUGGAGGCGCAGGUGCAGGUGCAGCAAGAGAGGCGAGCACCGAGGCGCAUGCCUCACCUGGGGCCUGACAUGACAACCCGGCUGUCCGCCAUGUUUUACACGGUCGAGGUCGGGGACACCAAGUUCACCAUUCUCAAGCGAUACCAAAAUCUCAAACCAAUUGGUUCUGGUGCUCAGGGAAUCGUCUGCGCUGCAUACGACACGGUCACGGCGCAAAAUGUGGCGAUUAAGAAAUUGUCAAGACCUUUUCAAAACGUGACACACGCUAAGAGAGCCUACAGAGAGUUCAAACUCAUGAAAUUGGUCAAUCACAAAAACAUAAUCGGUCUUUUGAACGCAUUUACGCCGCAACGAUCGUUGGACGAGUUUCAAGAUGUGUAUUUGGUGAUGGAGCUUAUGGACGCAAAUCUGUGUCAGGUGAUCCAAAUGGAUCUGGAUCAUGAACGUAUGUCUUAUCUGCUUUACCAAAUGCUAUGUGGUAUCAAGCAUUUGCACUCUGCUGGUAUCAUUCAUAGGGAUCUAAAACCAAGCAAUAUCGUCGUCAAGUCCGAUUGUACGUUAAAAAUUCUUGACUUUGGUCUGGCGAGGACUGCCGGGACAACGUUUAUGAUGACACCAUACGUGGUAACGCGGUAUUACCGAGCGCCAGAGGUGAUAUUAGGUAUGGGGUAUAAGGAAAACGUGGACAUUUGGUCAGUAGGAUGUAUCAUGGGUGAAAUGAUCAGAGGUGGUGUACUUUUUCCUGGUACGGAUCACAUCGAUCAAUGGAAUAAAAUAAUCGAGCAACUGGGGACUCCAGCGCAGGAAUUCAUGCAACGGUUGCAACCAACGGUAAGGAAUUAUGUGGAGAACAGACCACGAUAUCCUGGAUAUCCAUUCGACAGGCUAUUCCCGGACGUUUUGUUUCCCUCCGACUCAUCGGAGCAUAAUAGAUUAAAGGCGAGCCAGGCUAGGGACCUAUUGUCGCGCAUGCUCGUCAUCGACCCAGAACGACGCAUAUCCGUCGACGACGCGUUGCUUCACAAUUAUAUAAACGUCUGGUACGACGAGGGUGAAGUAAAUGCCCCUGCCCCUGGUCCAUACGAUCACAGCGUGGACGAGAGGGACCACGGUGUUGAUCAAUGGAAGGAGCUGAUCUAUCAAGAGGUCAUGGAAUAUGAGACAAGCCAUAAUUCAGCAGCGGUCGCUCAGCCGUCAGAAAGUGCAGGCUCCCGGAAAUAUUCGAGAAAAGCGAGAGAUAAUGAUGAUUAUGAUUAUGAUGAUGAUGAUGAUGAUGAUGAUGAAUGAUGAUAAUUAUAAUAAUAAUAAUUAUGAUGAUGAUAAUGCAUCUGACUUCGAAUAGGAGGGACAAUCUCCUUUUAAUGGAUUUUUCGCUAAGAGUGUACGAGGAUGAUGCAAAGAUGUGGCCGCUAAAAAUAAAUAAAUAAAUAAAUAAAUAAAUAAACAAAUGAAUGAUUGAAUGAAUGAAUGAAUAAAUAAAUAAAUAAAUAAAUGAAAAAAGAAUAAACCGGAAUGAAACGAAAAGAAAACGUGGCGACGUUCUUCGAGGCCCCAAUUACUGGGUGAAAACGAUUCCUGUUAAAAAGAAAAAAGAAAAGAAAAAAAAAAAAAAAACAAUGUCAAAUCUUCUUAGGAAGAAUACGAUCGAUCGAUCAAUGAAAAGCAAUAAAAAAAGGAAAAAAAAAAAAAAUAAGAAGAAAAAACAAAAAAGAUAACGAAGAAAUAACUUUCUUGCUAUAAUAUCUAUUCCCCUCCCCCCCCCCUCCCCCUCCCCCUCCCCCUCCCACUUUUCUCCUUUUUCACGAGAUAAUAAAAAAAUUUAAAUAUAUUUCACGAUCUACUUACUUUUUUUUUCUUUUCUUUUUUAUUUGUAACACCUUUUUAUAAGGAAAACAAUUUUUUACCCCCACCCCCGCCUCCCCCGUUCUUUAUGUUGUGUAUAUACAUACAUUAGAAGGAACAUUGACGGUCGGCAGGGAUCACAAGGAAAAUAAUCGAUUUUUUUUCUUAUAUUUCGUUCGAUAACUCGUCGUCCGCAAUAAUUAAUCAUCGUUACUACGAUUAUUAUUAUUAUUAUUUAAUUGCAACGUCACAAUCAUUGUUAUAUUAUUAUCGAGAAAACAAAUGGGACGAUGCAAAGCCGAUCGAAAAGCAAGUUGGCUCGAAUUAAAUAAAUAUCAAUGUAAUCGUAAAAAUAGAUCAGUGAUGAUGCUGUAAGAAACUUAAAUUAUUAUAAAUAUUAAUACACACACAAACACACACACACACACACAUAUUAAUAUUAUUAAAGAUAUA